AUGGCUCUCCGCGCCUCCGUCAACCGCAGCGCUGUGGUGGUCCGCGCCUCCGCUGAGCCCCGCCAGGCCCUCGGCGCCCUGGCCUUCGGUGCCACCUUCGCGCUCUCGGCCAUGCUGACCGCCGCGCCCGCCAAGGCCGACAUCACCGCCGACCUGCUGGCCAAGUCGGCCGAGAACAAGGCGCUCAACAACAAGAAGCGCCUGGCCACCAGCAGCGCCAACGUCGCGCGCUCGAGGACCGUCGCCGACGGCACCUGCAGCUUCCCCACCAACUUCUUCGGCUGCGACGAGACCUCCGCCCGCUUCACCGGCGGCGUGAGGUUCAUCCAGGACGACGUUGACCUGGAGUGCGCGGGCACCGCCAACGGCCGCUGCGCCAGCAAGGUCAACCACAACUACGGCGCCAAGGGCUUCUAA